GAUCAUCCAAAUUGCUCAGUAAAACAUCUUGCAUUUCCAAAUUCCACAUCACAAAAGACGUGAAACUUUAGUAACAAAAUUACGAACUCGCCAUCUCCGGUGGAGUUCUCCGGCGAUCGUCGUCUCUUCCGUUUUCCGGUCAAAUGGAUAUUAGCGAAGAAAGAAUGGAGAUGGAGCAACAGUUUGAGUGGAAUGAAGCACAGAAGAUUGUGAUAAAUGUGGACCUUGUUGCUGCAGCUAAAGAGCAGCUCAACUUUCUUGCCACCGUUGAUAGGAACCGUUGGCUGUAUGAAGGACGUGGUCUGGAUAAGGCCAUUCAUAGGUACUACUCAUGUUGGCUACCGCUGUUGGCAAAACACUCUGAGUCCCCCUUCUUUGAAGGACCUUUGGUUGUUCCUUUGGAUUGUGAAUGGAUUUGGCAUUGUCACAGGCUCAAUCCUGUUAGAUACAAGACUGACUGCAAGAAAUUAUAUGGGAGAAUUCUUGACAACCAUGAUGUUGUAUCUUCUGUGAAAGCGGAAUCAAAACAGGAUACUGAAGAGCUCUGGCAACAUUUUUAUCCAAAUGAACCUUAUGAUUUGGACUCAGAAAGAGCUCUUUUUGAAGAUAUCCAUGUGAAACCUAUACAGGUUGAACAAUGCAAUGAUUAUGAUCUAGUCUCUGCUGUUAAGAGGCAAUGCCCUUUUUUCUACCAGGUGUCUAGACCACACAUGAACAAUGAUCUCUAUCUUGAAGGUGCUGUGGCUCGAUACAAGGGCUUCUUACAUCUGAUCCGGAGAAACAAAGAAAGAUCGAUUAAGAGCUUUACUGUUCCAACUUAUGACAUAGACCUUAUCUGGCACACUCACCAGUUACAUCCUGCUUCUUAUAGCAAAGACCUUGUUGUCAUUAUGGGUAAGGUGUUAGAACAUGAUGAUACUGACUCAGACCGAACGAAAGGGAAAAAGUUGGAUACAGGGUUUUCUCGAACUACAAAACAGUGGGAGGAAACAUAUGGUUCAAGAUAUUGGAGGGCAGGUGCAAUGUAUAGAGGAAGUGCACCAUCUCCUCUUAGGAAUACUCAUUUCUUCUCCAGCACAGUAAGCAAGAAGGAAGAUACUUUGCCCGAGCACCAAAAGAUAAUGCAUUAUCCUGGGAUGGAAGCUGUGGAAGUUAUGUUAGAGUUUGUAGAUAUCAGAAACUUACCAGAAGGGCGCAAGGGAAGCUUCUUCAUCUCAUUUAGCAAAACUCAGCCUGAUAAAAUAUUCAAUGCAAAGAGGAAACGUACUAUUUUGUCUAUCAGUGGGGAAAAACAGGUUGCUACUUUCCAGUGUGAACCUAAUGGUCAUCUUCUUCUUGAUCUCAUGUCCUACUCAUCUUCUGGUUUGCCUAUUCUAAAUUCUGUGAAACCUAUGGGUUCUGCUAAAGUCUCUUUAGAAGAUUUAAUUUGCCCAACUUCAAAACUUACAAUGGAAAAAUGGGUGGAAGUUGUUCCAAACUCUAAAAUGGAAACACUAAAGCCAAUCUAUUUACGAGUAGCAAUCUCAGUUACAACGCCUAUGGCAGCACCAUAUGUCUUUCACUUUGUUCGUUCUCGAGCAUUCUCCAAAACUUCUUGCUUUUUCCCUCUUCCUGGGAGGAUUCAGUAUGCUAAGAAUUGGACUGGUGUCAUCGAUGAUGCUGGUGAUGAGGUCAUUAGCCUGCAAAUGAGGGACUCGACGAAAUCAAAGGGGAAAAAUGAUUCUACAUUGCAGAAGGACGUAAUUGGCAUAAGCAAGUCUGGCGAGGUACAUUCUCUUGCUGAGUUAGUAGGGAAAGAGUGGUUGCUGCUAGAUGCUCAGUGGUCCCUUCAACUACAAAAAUCCAGCAGUGAUGAUGGCCACCUUUUGGAGUUGGUUGGUCACAGGAAUGUGAAAUUCUUCCCUGGUCAGAAGCUGGAUUAUGAGCACAAGCCUUGCACAAAGCAAAGGAGUCCUGAUGAUUUUUUAACAGCUAUAGAGUUCUCUGCACAGGACCCUUAUGGAAAGGCAUUGGCAUUGAUUGACUUGAAAUUUGGAGUUAUCCAUGUAAAAGAGGAGUGGUUCCUAUUGCCUGGUUCUAUAACAGCUUUUGUACUUUGUGAUACUUUGAGGAAGGAAGGGUAUAGUAGCCUGGUAGGCAGUGCCAAACAUUCCAAAGAGAUUGAUUUUUCAACUCAAGAAACUGACAUGAGCCAUGAAGAAGGCAACAAAGCUAAUCUGAAAUCUGAGGCAGAGAAGGGAAUGCCGUUGGACCUGGAGGCUACCAAAGGAAACAUUGCAGCACCAGCAAAAGGAGCUAUAAGUGGAGGCUGCGGCAGUGGUUGUGGUAGUGGUUGCGGUAGUGUUAUGAGGAGUGGG